CUGGUGAACUGUUGGACGGUGCGCAGGUGAAUUUCAGUGUGGUGUAGUAACAAACGAUCGCGCGCGCUUUUUUUUUUUUGUUACUCAAGUGUACUGUACCCUCCCGCCUACCCUCCCCGCGGCCACCCCCCACCCAUUUUGCACACUCAAUAGAGGAGACUUUUACUCUCGCUCCGAGACAAAAGUCUGUGUGUGAUUUUCUAUUGAGUAAUUCUUCAUCAGUCACCUGAGUGUCACACCAGAAUGUGUUGUGUUUUGUGAGGGAAGGUGCAAAAGAGAACUUCUCCCCCCGAAAAGCUCUUGCACCUGCGAGGCCACGAUCAAUUGAGGGAGUUUUUCUCAAUUUAUUAGAGAGCAAUUAAGUUUUUCCUCAAAGACUACGCUGAGAUCAACAGGUUCCAAUAUUGCUUAUGUCUCUUUCCUUAGUCUACUUCCCAAUCUAUGGGUCUGCGAUUAUUCUUCUCUGUGUCUCGACGCUAACACAUCACGUAAGCUGCAAAGUUCCACAACACUUCCCUCAAAGGAGAAAAAUAAACUAACAGCAAGAUGACUAGCGUGGAGGUUCGAGGGGGCUAUAAGUUCUUCGGGAGUGCUUCUGAUCCUCACAAGAAGAUCGUUCUCAAUCACUUGGAUAUGACAGUGGAGACGGGAACAAUCUAUGGCUUGUUGGGAGCAUCUGGUUGCGGGAAGACAACACUCCUAUCGUGCAUUGUUGGCGUGAGAAAGCUCAAUGGUGGCAAAAUUAAUGUUCUUGGACGUCCUCCUGGUGUCCCAGGUUCAGGAGUUCCCGGCCCACGUAUUGGGUACAUGCCACAGGAGGUCGCCCUUGUAGAUGAAUUCACAAUUAAAGAGACACUCUACUAUUUUGGACGGAUCUACGGUAUGACCGAGGAUCGUAUCUAUGAGAGAUUCAAAUUACUUCAUGAACUUCUAGAACUGCCAGAUGCAAACAGGUUCAUUGUGAACUGCAGCGGAGGUCAGCAGAGGCGUGUUUCAUUUGCCGCUGCCAUGGUUCAUGAACCGGAACUUUUGAUCCUGGAUGAACCCACAGUGGGAUUGGAUCCUAUAUUGCGUGAAAAAAUUUGGCAUUUUCUCGUUGAGAGUACACGAAACAGCAAAUUGGCUGUGAUCAUUACAACGCACUACAUCGAGGAGGCAAAUCAGGCUAAUAAAAUUGGACUAAUGAGAAAUGGUAUAUUGCUAGCUGAAGAUGCCCCGAAGAAUAUCCUGACACAAUUUGAGUGCUCCUCACUUGAGGAUGCUUUCUUAAUCCUCAGUCAGAAGCAAGGAAAAUCCGAAGAGGCCGAUUCAACACUUAGGCGUGUUGAGACGGCAACCAAUCGACCUGUGGACGUUGUAACGGACGAAAAGGCAAUUGAGAAUAUUCCCAAGAAGAGUCCCCUGAAGCGCAAUCUCUCCUUCCAGGAGACAAAGCGUCCGGGGCUUGUGGGAAAAUUCCAAUUAACAUCCAAGAGUCGCAUGAAGGCGCUCAUGACGAAGAAUAUCUUGCAACUUAUUCGACAACCUAGUGGUAUUAUUUUUUGCUUCCUCUUCCCAAUUCUCCAGCUAUCCUGCUUCUAUUUGGCUAUUGGUGGCAAUCCACGGGACCUCAAGCUUGGUAUUGUAAAUUAUGAAGUGGAUGAUUUUCGGCUGUGCCAGAAUGAAUCCCUCAUUACUACCUUCGCCCAUGACUACACGUGUGAUUUGUACAAAAUAUCAUGUCGCUUCCUGCACGAGCUCACGCCCGAUAUCGCCAAGAAGGUGUAUUUCGAUACCAAAGAUGAGGCUCACGAUGCCGCCAAGAAGGGCAAAAUAACCGGGUAUAUUCACUUUGCACGCAACUUUACGGAAUCCAUCACAGAGAUUCGCGACGAAGGACGACACGCUGACAAUUCAACCUUCUACACUGGCGAAAUUAGCAUCUAUAUGGAUAUGACAGACCAGCAAAUCUCAUAUUUCCUCGAGAGAAAACUGAGAUCAACGUACCAAAAAUUCUCAGAGAGUCUCAUGACAGACUGCGAACUACCCGUUGCUCUUGGUAACAUCCCCAUUCACUUCUACGAACCUAUAUUCGGUUAUGCUGAGGGGGAGUUUAAGGAGUUCAUUGCACCGGGUAUCAUUAUGACGAUGGUCUUCUUCCUUGCAACUCUCGUAACGUCAACAAUCUUUAUUACGGACAAAUUGGAUGGUGUGUGGGAUCGUACACUUAUUGCGGGCAUUUCCGUCACUGAACUCCUGGUGGCCCACGUGAUCACCCAGUCAGUUAUCAUGGUGAUACAGUGCCUCGAGGUGGUCUUCUAUGCUGCAUAUUUCUUCAAUGCGGAAAAUCGUGGUGACAAUGUCACCGUGAUUGGCCUUCUCACACUUCUCGGAUUCGCUGGGAUGCUCUUUGGACUUUUAAUUUCCAUCUUUUGCGAAUCUCACACAACGGCGAGUUUUGUGGCAACAGGCAGCUUCUAUCCCAUGAUAAUUCUCUGCGGACUUCUAUGGCCUCUCGAGGGAAUGCCCACAAUUUUACGAUAUAUCGCCUAUACAUUCCCUUUCACAAUACCAUCGCUGGCAGUGCGGAAUAUCCUGUCAAAGGGUUGGAGCAUUACACAUGCACAGGUUGCAAAUGGAUUUGGUGUGGUGAUCCUCUGGAUUGUGGUCCUCUUCAUUCUAUGCAUAAUGGGGCUCAAAAUGAAGCGCUAGGUACCCUUCUCACCCCGCAUCCUCAGUGUCUUCUGUGUUGUGUUUUCUAUUAUUGUAUUUUGAUUGUGUGGAUGCUUUUAAAGCAAUUUGUGAUUCUCAUUUUUUUUUUAUGUAUGUACUCCUCUACGCAUGAUCUACUGCGUACAGACAAAUCUGUAAAUACUGUAUUUAGUAUGUUGUAAUCUUAAGCUGUUGGACUGUAGUUAUUAUAAUGGGAUACUUAACUUCUUCUGUUUUUGUUGUAAGCAAAAAAAAAGUCUCAAUAAAAUGUGUGUAAAAGAAAAUUUGUAAAAGAAAAAAGAAAAACCUAAACUCGAA